AUGGAUGAAUCCGCAGACAACCAGGAUGAUCUGAACUUUUGGCUGAUAGUUUGCGCGGUGCUGACUGUUCUCUGCUAUGGCAUGUUUGGUUUGCUCUUCUUCCUCUUCCGUCGCAUCGUCAACGACGCCCUUGCUGGACUUCGAAGCGGCAAGUCGCGGAAACCGCGAACUGAAAACGUGCUCCCAUUGAGUAACUUCGCAGCGGUCACCAAGGUCGACCAUAACGAGAACUCAGGCAGCCUGAGUGUGGGCUUCUCCCUGCGUGAUAGUGCUACGCUCUUUAUUCUGCGGAGCGUUCCACUGUCCACGCUCCACCAUGCGAUGGUAGACACAACAGAUGUUCUCGUGGACUUCCUACGAAAGAACGCGUCGCAAACCACAAUGCUGACGCCUGACGACUCCCUUCUGAACGUGAAGACCAACGAAGAGCGAGUGGAUCUGCACAAAUUCCGACAGACCUACGACCUUGUGCUCGCGUUCUACCGAGCCAGUGAGAGGAAAGACGAGGAAUGCACAGUUGUCUCAAUUCACAUUAUUCACGUGAAACAGCACAAAGAGGAGCAUCGUGCGACCCAAAUCCUCUAUUCAUACUGCAAGACAAACUUCGACCGACUUGUCUGCGCUCAGGCAAGCCCUUUUUUCCACCAACUCUUUACUGCCGCGAAUCGUACCGCGUCGGAAGAAGGUCGACCGCCUGAUUGUGUUAUUUGCCUGACAGAAGGCCAGGCAAACACUGUUUUUGUUCCUUGUCGACAUGUUGCGAUCUGCAAGACGUGUCUUCCUGCCUUUCAGACUUCUUCCCAGUGUCUUCACUGUCCUGUGUGCCGAGCUGCUAUUGUGGAGAUUAAGGAUCUGAUUCCGCAGCCCCCGAUGCUUCCAGAGCGAUUCUACGCCGACUUUACCAUCACGUACACUCCACGAGAGGACAAGGGCAUGCCAAUGCCCCCAUGGAUCGAUGGGAUUCCCCCGGAACUCCCCUACGCCAUUGGUCGAGGCUACGCUGCCUACGCCUCCGACCUUGGCAUCAUGCUGGAGAACUACACUGACUUUUGUGUCCCAAUCUUCUCGCCAAACGCCUACUUUCCCUGCGUUCUCUUUAACUAUAACUCCACGGCAUACCUCAUUGCACCGAAGGAAAAUCGAUACGGGCCAUGCUGCGUGUACCGGCCAAACUGGUCACCCCCGCAUCGGGAUUUUAUGCAGCAAUUCGGGCAGUUCUACAGCGGCACCACGCGCAACCUUGGGGUGAAGAGGAGGGUGCUGGCACAGCAAAUCGAUUGGUGGGUGAUACCGCAAGCGAACACAACGAAACUCACCGACCACCCUGUCUUUGGUGGAUUUGGAUUCGCAAGACAGCCACUGUCAAGCGGUUACCGUCCCUACGUGUCCUUCUGGUACGAGGGCGACAUCGGAUGGACGCAUCAGAUUUUCGAAAACUUCACAGACACCGGCAAGAAAAUGCACAUUCUCGAUGACUUUCGUUUACCAGAGAUGUGUAAUGUGGCCGUAGCUUGCAACUACAGACCUUAA